AUGAGGGCCUUGCUGGUCUUGGCAGGCUCUAGGCUUCAGUUUGAUCAUGGAGAGCAGGGCUGGGAAGGCAAAGGCCAUGAGCAGCAGAAUCCCUCGCUGAGGUUCUGCAAAAGAAACAAGCCCAGCCGACAGGACUCAAGAUAUACCAUUCCCCAUCAUCAAUACAUAUUGGAUGUAGAUGUGGGAGGCAUGAGCCACCCUGACACUCAGGCAAGAGGAGAGGAUAUCCCUCAGAGAUUCUGGGCUGUGAGAUGGGUGCAGCACCCAGGCAGGACUCCAAGUUGCAGGCAGGUGGCAAUUACACUUUAUGGUGGGAAGAAAGGUUUAGAAAUUAAGACCCCCGUGUCUCAGCCUCGAUCUGCCUGCAGCGCGCGCCCCCAUCACCCUCCACGAAUCUGCACGGAACCAAUCUCGAUCGAUCCAGAGAUCCAGAGAGCCUGUGGCGAAGACGACAUACAACUGGGGCAUGCAGAUCGUGCAUGCUUUACGUUUCAACUUAAAACGACUGUGUCCGGCAGCUCUGCCCUCCCCAGGCUGGCCACGGGGCUGGGGAAAGACCCCUACCCCCAGGCCUCCUCAGAGGGAACGCCGCCGCUCCACUUUUCUCCCGGACUCCCCUCGGCUCCCGCCCCCACCUGCAACUCCCCGCUCCGCCUCCGCGCUGCACGCACCCCGCCCCCCGCCCGAAAACUACUCUUCAAAGACUUCCUUCCGGGCCCGGCGAAGCGCAGCGUGCUCGGAUCCGGAGCGGCAGCGGGCCUCGCCUUCAUCCGCGACAACAAAACCGCCGCUUCCUUGCACACAGACAACCGAGCUACCGGCGCACAGGCUCCUGCUCUCGAGGCCCCGGGGAGAGUCGCCGCGCCCGGCCCCGCCAAGCCCGCCCCGCACGCCGGCCCCGCCUCAGGCCCCGCCCCGGCUCCGCGCGCGGCGCCCCCUCCAGGCCCGGCUCCCGCGCCCUAUUUGGUCAUUCGGGAGGCAGGCGGCGGGAAGAGCGGCUUGGUCGCCGCAGAGGGACGGGCGGCGGGCUCCGUGCGCUCGCUGAGAGGUCGCUCUCCCCGCCGCUGCCGCCGCCACCUCGGCUGGGGACCCACGAGGCCGCCGCGUCCUGCCCUCGGAACAAUGGGACUGGGCCCGCGAGGUGCCUGGGCCGUGCUCCUCCUGGGGGCGCUGCAGGUGCUGGCGCUGCUGGGGACCGCCCUGAGCGCCGAAGACCCGCUGGGGACUUCAGAUACCAAGGAUAUUGUAUCUCUGCAAAACUCCACUGCUAAUUCAACAGAUAAAACCCAACCUGUGCCUUCUAACAAUACAAGUGAGCCUUCUGGAAGCGCUGUGAAUUCAUCAACUUCAGCUGCCUUGACCUCGAGCAACAUGACAGCCACAACUGUGAAACCCACGUCUAAAAUGGCACCAACACCAGGGGUCUCAAAUGUGACAUCCACCACCUUAAAGUCUACAAGCAAAACAAGUGUUUCACAUAACACAGCCCAGAUGUCGACAUCCUCGAUGACCACAACUACUCACAGCAGUACGGUGACAUCUGUUUCUUCAUCAGCAACAAUAACAGCAACUAUUCAUUCUGAAGAAAGUAAAAGAUCAAAGUUUGAUACUGGCAGCUUUGUUGGUGGUAUUGUAUUAACACUGGGAGUUUUAUCUAUUCUUUACAUUGGAUGCAAAAUGUAUUACUCAAGAAGAGGCAUUCGGUAUAGAACCAUUGAUGAACAUGAUGCUAUCAUUUAAGGAACUCUAAGGACCAAGGAAAGAAGAAGUACUGAUGCAGCACUGUCAAUUUUGUUUUUUAGUAUAAUAUGUUGAAAAUAGUAUAAACAGGCCAUACAUAUAAUAUACAACACAUUACAUGAAUAUGAAGAUUCAUCAUAUUACUAAAGGUAACAAGGGCUUGGUUUGGGUUUUCAUGAAUAUUUGUAGCUUAUGCAAUGGUAUUUACUUUUAGAAAAACCUUACCCCAUUUUUGUGGCAUUGAUUGCAUAGGACCAGUAAUGAAAGGCAUCUUCACUGUAGGGCAGGAUGGCAUCGGGGCAAAUGAAUAAUAGCACUUGAGAUUUUCAAAGCAGGAUGUUAACUAAUGCCACACAAUUGAGUCAACCAGACCUGAAGCAUGAUUUAAGAAAGCAUCAACAUUGUAUGUAUUUUAAAAGUAUAGUAGUUGGUGUAGAGGCCAAAUACAUACACAAAAUGUUCAAAUAAAACCCCAAAGAAUACCUGAGCAUAGGCCUGCUUAAGAUCCACUAGAACAGUGGCAGACGUGUAUCUCUAUUAACAUAACUUCUUUUGACUUUUCAAUUGUUAGUGGAUAUAAUUUUUUUCUUUGUGUAAUUUAGGUAAAUUUCAGUGUUUUAACAUGAUAGUGUUUUAAGGGUUUAGUUUAAGUAAUCUUGAUAUUACAGGGGGAAAACUCCUAGAAGUUAGAUUAUUUGCUACUGUGAGAAAAUCGUCACCACUGGAAAUUGCUUUUGUUUUAUAUUCACUUGUUAAUUUAAAUCUUAUAUUUAGUGAAUAUUUCUAGAGAAAUGUAGAGCUACUCUCAAUAGCUAAAAAUUUUUAAUGGAGCCUAAACACACCUAACUGUAAAACAGCAGUCCCUUCUGUGAUCUCCUAAACAGUAUGCUUUAGAGCUCCCUGUAGCAGAAGCUAAUGCUGUAUUUAUGGAAUCAGGGAUUAGGAGGCUAUUCCCAGGCCGUUCAACCUAAAUGAUGAAAAUGCUGCAUUUUUGUGCACUGUCGAUUUUACUCAGAUUUUAGGAAAUGACAUUUGCAUACUAAAAUCACACUGUAUUUUGGAAUACAUUUAUAAACAGGAAAUUUCCUGCUUCCUUCACGUGGUAUUCCUCUUUUCUUACUCUAGUGUUAAAAGGGAGUUACUUUCAGAUAAAUUAUGUUAUUGGAAAGAAAAAAAGCAUAGUAUUGUAUGGACAUCACUAUCAGCAAAUGUAUUUUUGGAGUGUUUUCAGUUUAUAUUCCAGCACUUAAACUCAGGGUCAAAUUUUAACAAUAGAGGUAUUUAGUCACACUAAAUACUAAAGUAUUUUUAUCUUAGAGGCCAAACUAAAUCGCACCAAUUGCUCAAAGUCCAGAAAUAAGCCAAGAUGUCUUAAUGAGCAUUCACUAACAUUUAACAGACAUUUAACAGACAUAAAAUACAAGUAAUGACAGCUAUCUAGGAUUUUGAUGUGUCUCCUCACUAUACAUUUUGGCAGAACAAUCUGAUGAAUAUAAUUAUCCAAAAUCCAGAUAUGGUUGGAUCUAUGAAACACGACUAGUUAGGCUGAAUGUGAGCUGAUGGUUGAGGUCUAUGUUACUCUCUGGUCCUGCAACCACUGCUUUCAUUUCUUUGGAAGAUAUAGUCAAAAUGUACGUUAGUAAUGAGGAGGCCUAUAACUUGUCUCCUACAUUUUUGGUAUUUCAGUUCUGCAAGUCAUUCAAAAUUCUGUGUAUUGGCUUGAAGUUUUUCUUGAAUACUUGUUUCUUUAGCACUUUGAAGCUAGAAAACCACUUUUUAAGGAUUGUCAUUUGCCUUGAAAGUUUCCUCUGCUUUGGAAAUACUUAUUUGUUUUCCUCUAUGUAUAUAAGUAGUAUAAUUUGUAACUUUCAUAUAUAAUAGCCAGUACUUUCAGUGCAGUUUGUUAUUUGAAAAAAUGGAAGAAAAUGGUGAUGUAAAGCAAAUGUUUUACUUUGGACCACAUUUCUUAAAACAUAAAUGUAUCUAGUUAGGUUUAUACUUAAUUGUUUGCAUUCCUUAAGAAUGUUUUUACUUCAAGAUAAAAACAAUCCAGAUAUAUGUGAAUAUUAAUUUGGAUAAACUGUAAAAGAACUAUAGAAGUUAUUGUUUCGUAUUUUCAGAAAAAAGUUAAAGUGAACUCAGCUGUUACCUUCUCUCCCCUUUUUAUUAUAAUGACCAGCUUUUGGUAUUUCAUUGUUACUGAGAUCUAUUUUUAGAAUAAAAUUUGUUCUCCUUCUAA